GCGCCGCUGUUGAGCACCGGAAGCUCGUGAGCACCGGAAGCGCGGUUUCUCCGCGAGCGUUGUGUUGUGGUUAUCAGCGUCUGCGUUAAACAUUUUCACGUAUCGAUACGAUUUCGUUGAUAAUUUGAUAUCGUUUCUCCGAAUGCAGCACAUUUACACCCGCGGGGACAAGACGACACGCCCCUCAGCAGCCGCGGCGAGGAAACGAACUCAAGAGAGACACUAGAAACCAAACAGAGGGUUAUUAUCGAGUUAUCGUUAUUAUUGUCGAAAUGAGUUUAGCAAACAGCAGAGAGCAGCGCAGCACCGCGGGAAACCGCAUGUCUAAACUACUGGACGCCGAAGAAGAAGACGAGUUUUACAAGACGACCUACGGAGGAUUCAAUGACGAGUCUGGUGAUGACGAGUACCGGGAUCACUCAGACACUGAAGACGAGGUGGACAGUGACUUUGACAUCGAUGAAGGAGACGAGCCCGACAGUGACCAGGAGGAUGACGCUCCACGGAGAAAGAGCCGCGUUGUCACUAAAGCGUACAAGGAGCCGCUGAAGGUCUCGAAACCAAAAGUGAAGCGAGUUUCUGAAGAACUAAAGACUGAACGGCCCAAAGUUGAAAGACGCAUCAUUCAGGAGCUGCAGGAGUUUGGAGAAAUGCGUAAGUCUGUGCGUAAGUCGACGAGUGAACACACACGACAGACCAACGAGCGUCUGCAGGAGAGACAGCUGGAGGCCCCUCGAAAGAGAAGAGGAGCUCUGAGUGAACGAGUGCUGACCCAAGAAGAGCUGCUCGCAGAGGCCAGACUCACCGCUGAGAUCAACCUCAGAUCACUGGAGAACUACGAGCGUCUAGAGGCUGAUAAGAAGAAGCAGGUUCAUAAGAAGAGACGCUUCGAAGGUCCGAGCAUUCGCUAUCACUCAGUGCUGAUGCCGCUGGUCCCAGACGCUCUCAUGAAGGAGGAGAACGUGGAUGUGGAAGGGCUGGACCAGGACACGCCCCAAGCCACGCCCUCUUCCUCAUCCUCCGCUCAGGGGGCGGGGUCUCUUUGCUCUCGCACGUACAUCACCUUCAGUGACGAUGAGGCGUUUAGCUCCGCCUUCCCAGCGCCGGCUCGCUCCAGCCCCGCCCAGCCUGUUCAGGAGGUGUGUCCCGUUACCCAUAAACCCGCGCUGUACCGCGACCCCGUGACGGACAUCCCCUACGCCAACGCCCGGGCCUUCCGCAUCAUCCGCGAGGCCUACCAGAAAUACAUCGCGGCUCACGGUUUUCCCAACUCUUCCGGAAACUUCGGCGGAAACAGUGACGUCAGCGAAUCGCCAGCGGCGGUGCGGGCUAAGAGCUCGCGACCGAAAGCCGUCGUCAAACAGAGCGUAGUCGCCACCUAAUGAGUGCUUUAGAGCAUUUCAAUCCACAUCACUCAGGUCUGGCUGCGUCUGAGGACUUCUUUGUCGUUGCUACGUCGUGAUCUAAACACACUGUCACGCUCGGAGAUUCAAAGCUUCGUUGAAAGUGACUCUUUUGGACCGAUUCAGCUGUAGGGUUCCGUUCACAUCACCAGCACUGGCUCUCUGCUGUUCAUUUUCUGAUUUUCUAUUUUUCUAGAGUUUUCGGUUCAGAAAACGGCAAUAAAGAAUUAAAUGGUG